GGGUCCACUAAAAAAAGUCAAAAAAAGUUAUCCAAUUCACUUUUUUCAACGACGUAAUUUAAACAAAACGUCCAGCAUUUUGUCUUGCAACUCUAAUCUGAACAAAUAACUGGGCGCUCGAAUUCCCCGGUUGGAUGAUUUUUCUAACCGUGCAGAAUUUAUGAAUGGAGUGCCGAUAGCUCUACGAAAUAUCCUUGUCACAUUUUCUCUACCGAUCAAUCCGACGAGGGGUUGCGAUCUAAGAAAAGGGCCGCCAUGGCUCAGUCAUCUUCUCAUGCGACUUACACAAUGAACAAUACUAGAGGACGCCGUGAAGGCGGUAUGCCGACACCGCAGCAAUCUCCAUUGCCACAGUCGCGCGAACUUGGCCUUGUAACACCUGAGAUAACAGUGACGAAACCAUCGCCAUUUGCCAAAUCUUGGCCCCACCUUGUUGCUGGAGGCGUCGGAGGCAUGACAGCAGCUGUCCUAACCGCACCACUCGACGUCCUAAAAACUAGACUUCAAUCCGAUUUUUACCAAGCUCAACUCCGGGCAGCACGGGAAGCGACAGGUCAGGCGCGGCUUGGCCCAUUGAAGUCCGCCUCAUACCAUCUUCAAGAAACAAUACAGAUCCUGCGCGACGUACACCGGAUAGAAGGAUCGCGCGCGCUGUUCAAAGGUCUAGGGCCCAACCUUGUUGGCGUGGUUCCGGCGCGAAGUAUAAACUUUUACGCAUAUGGGACUGGGAAGCGCGCAUACUCCCAAUGGACGGGCGCAUCACCGGAGAAUCCGGUAGUGCACCUGGCUAGUGCGGUAACGGCUGGAUUAGCGACAGGCACGGCGACGAACCCCAUAUGGCUGGUAAAGACGCGGCUGCAACUCGAUAAGAAUAAUGCUGAGCGCAAGGGAGAUGUGAGUGCGCGAAGGUACCGAAAUAGCUGGGAUUGCAUCAAGCAGGUUAUGCGAGACGAGGGCCCCCGUGGAUUUUUCAAAGGCCUCAGCGCUAGUUACCUGGGCGUUACUGAGAGCACGUUGCAGUGGAUGAUGUAUGAGGAACUCAAGAGUCAAUUGAGGCGGCGUAUGGAGAGAGUUGAGAAGAGUGGCAGAGAGAAGACUUGGUGGGACCAUACAGUCGAUUGGACCGGCAACUUCAUGGGUGCCGGUGCGGCCAAGGGUAUUGCUUCUAUACUGACAUAUCCGCAUGAGGUCGCUCGCACACGUCUAAGACAAGCCCCGAUGGCGGACGGCCGGCCCAAGUAUACGGGGCUCGUUCACUGCUUUAAACUCGUAUGGAAGGAGGAGGGCUUCCUCGGGUUGUAUGGUGGCUUGACGCCCCACCUUAUGCGCACAAUCCCUUCCGCCGCAAUCAUGUUCGGCAUGUACGAAGGCAUUCUGAAGCUUCUUGGUGCAAAGAGCUAGAUGACUGCAACCUUAACCUGUACAACGACUCCCCUCUUUGCGAACUCGACGGAUAUGAACCCGAAUAAAAAGGCGCAUGGGCAUCUGACGACUGUGUAAUGAUACUAACUUGAGAUAUGAGGGUGGAAAGGGGGGAAAUAAUUUACUGCUACGUAGGCGGACUAUUGCGAUACCUUUGGUCACGAUUUGGGGAAACUAAGGAUUGUAAGCUUCUGGAGGAAAUGCUAGGUCUUAGUAUCUGGAUUCUCCGUCACGAGCACACGGAUGCAUUGUACGGAGACCAUAUCACUACUACUGUAUACCUACGAAAAGAACGAAGCUGAAUUAUAGAGGUCAGGCAAGGCUUGGGAAUAGAUAGAAUCGGAAUGGUAUGGAUAAUACUGAGCUGUUACCAGUUUGGAUGACUGAUGGGUUCGUAUCAGUAAAUAUCCUAAGCAGGUCAGCUCGACAAUUACAGCAUGGUCUGCUUGUGUAUAGGGCAUAGGUUAAGUGCUGAUGGCAUAUCCGGCGUUUUGAGGGGGAAAGGGGCUAAAUAAAAGAGGGGAUAUGACGAAAUGAAAUAAAAAAACGAUUCCGC